CGAGGCUAUUUCAUAGGCUAAGUGGAAAAUCCGAGUUUCUACGAAGAGCGGCUUCAGUUUUUCACUCGGACAGGAGCCGUCACCAACCGUUCGUAACGCCACCAUCUUAGUCUUACGAUAUCUAUCAUUACCAAACUGCAAAGAGUGGUGAUAGUUUUCCCGAAGUCGAAGAUGGUUCACCGCUGAUAGUCCUUUUACAGCUUGAAACACAUUCAAUUUGCAGACAUGGACGAGAAAGGGGCGUUCAGGGGAAAUGGUCCCCAAAGGAACCCGAGAAGGACGCCACAAAAACGCACACGGCCUAUAAGUUCCCUGGAAUUAAAGACUAUGCUGAAAGACAAAACUGCAUCAGAAGUUCUCCAAAGAAUCUCUCGUGAAGAUGAAAGUCUGCAAAGACUUUUAAAUGAUACAACCCAAGAUACCAAAAACACAAGACUGAUUGUGCAAGUUCUGAGUAAAGCAUUGGACAACAGUAAUGUGGCACAAGCUGAAGGAGUGAAUGAUGUUGUGCAAACGUUUUUGAAUUCAAACAGUUUUAUUGAAAUCCUUGAAACACAAGUACUGGACGAUCUUGGUUAUGACACCUUGUCUUUAACAGCACUUUUGUACGUGAUGAAAAUUGCUCUACAAAAAUUGCCCAACAAAGCACCCAGAGUUUUAUCAUACUUAGAGAAAGUUCUUGAAAGAAUCGUUACAGAAAGAUAUGCUGGCAAUGCUGGAGUGCAAAGCCUUUUUACAAAUGUGAGCACCCUUAUGCAAGUUCCUCUCCGACGUGUCGAAGAAGAGCAACGAGAACAACAUAGGCAAGAGAUAUUGCAGCAUGAUGCGGAUGUAGACCCCGAUCUGUUUCGAGGGCUGAGCAUUAUUCCAACAGCUGCUGACUUUGACCCUGAACAAGACAUUCAACUACGAGCAAAUAAAGUUAUUGGAGGUUAUGACAACGUGAAUGACUAUUUGGACAUUCAGUUCCGACUUUUGCGGGCUGACUUGAUCCUUCCACUGCGGAAAAACAUUCUCGAGUUCCAGGGUCACGGAGGAGAACAAUAUAAGCAUCACUUCAAAGGAAUGAGGGUGUACUCUCAAGUGCGCAUAGUGAGACCAGUGUGUCAUGAUGUAGGACUUAGCUUCCGGCUGUCCUUUGAUGUUUCCAAGCUACGUGUAAAGUGGGCAGUUUCACAAAGACUUAAGUAUGGUUCCUUGCUGUGCUUGUCAAAUGACAACUUUGCCACAUACCGAUGUGCUGUUGUGGAGAAGAGAGAGGCAAAAGACCUUGCUCUAGGCCUUGUAGAUGUUCAGUUUAUUGUAGGUGGGCACGGGGCAAAUGGAAAUGCUGCAAGACAAGAAGAAUUUAUGAGACUGCUUGAAGAAAGCCGAAAUUGCAGAUAUGUUAUGGUAGAGUCUCCAUCAUACUUUGAAGCAUACAAGUAUGUCUUGCAGGGACUUCAGAACAUAACAGAAGAGAGCUUUCCUUUCUGGCCAUACAUUGGAAGGUGCAGACCUAUGGUUGGUCCCCCGAGGUAUCUUCAGGAGAGAGGUGCUGAUGUCACGUAUGACCUGCGACCUCUUGUUGAUAAUGACUACAUCAUUGAGGAAAAUAAUGACGAGGUUCACACUUUUUCAAGGGAGGCGCAAUUAGUAGCUGCUGUGAAGGUCCAGGAUUUUGACUCAUGGCCCCAUUCAAAUGUGUUUAACCUGGACUUUUCUCAGUUUGCUGCAUUACAGUCUGCCUUCACAAGAGAAUUUUCUGUGAUUCAAGGCCCUCCUGGCACUGGAAAGACGUACAUUGGGCUCAAAGUGCUCAAAGCUUUGCUCCACAAUAAACAUGUCUGGACUGAUGAAGAGGGACAGUCCAACCCAAUACUGCUUGUUUGCUACACAAAUCAUGCACUUGACCAGUUCCUGGAAGGAAUUUUGAAAUUUUUUAAAGGGAAAUUGGUGCGAGUGGGUUCCAGAAGUAAGAGUGAGGUCUUGGAAGAGUACAACCUGAGAAGCUUUCGCAACAGGGCAAGAGAAAACAGAACUGUUCCUAUGGAGAUUCAUCUUGGGAAAAUGGAGGUCAGGCUGAAAAUGAAAGAACUCAAAGCUGAUAUUCAUAAGGAAGCAGCAAAGCUUGAGAUCCUUGAGAGAGAGAUAGUCACAGAGUCCUUUUUGAAAGAAUUUAUACAUGAGGAGCACUUUGAUCAACUGACAAGAAAAACGGAAAGGGGAAAAUCAGUCAUUCCCAGAUGGUUGGGAAUGUCCGAUUAUGAUAAGGAGAAUGAAGAGAGAUAUUGGCAAGAAUGGAGACAGAGGCUCCAAAUGGGUGCAGUAGGUGAACAUGUCCACAGACAGAUCCAGGGACAAACUGGACAUGGUCAAGGUGCAAUGGUGCAACCUGAAAAUGAGGAAGAUGAAGAGUAUCUGGACAUUGAUCUAUUUGGGGAAGUUGAUGCUGAAGUGCAGCGAAUGCAGAGUGUGGAUGUGGAUGAUAGUGAUUCAGAUCAAGAUGAGAUUUUUGAAGACACUGAUUUAUUUGACGAGCUUCUCAAUGGACUGGGAAAUGAUCAUUUUGAGAAAGUGAGACAGGUCAACAAAAAACUUGAUGAUGUUGAUGUGUUCACUGAAUUGAUCCGCAAUAAAAAUAUUGCUUUCAAUAUCAGUGACUAUGGUGAUGAAGAAAUGCCCCGGAAUCUUAAGAAAGAGGAAAAAAAGCACUGGAGAGAUAUAGCCCAGAUGAAGAAGCAAUAUAAACAGAUAUUACUUGGACAUCUACAGAAAACAGACAUGGUGGAUGAGGAAGAGGCAUUGCAGAUCUACAAUCCCUGGAGAAUCAGGAGGAGUGAUAGAUGGAGACUGUAUCGUUAUUGGGUGGAUAUCUACUGUCGCCAGCUACGUGUAGAGAUCAGAGACAAGUCUCAAGAGUUUGAGCGGUUGGCAAGACGCUAUCAAGAAAUUCUACACCAAGAGGACAAGGCGAUUCUGGAGAAGGCCACUGUGAUUGGCAUGACCAGCACGACAGCAGCAAGGUACCAGGCUGUUUUAAGAGAGAUCGGCCCUAAGAUUGUCAUCGUGGAAGAGGCUGCGGAAGUUCUUGAGGGCCAUGUUGUCACCUCUCUAAGUGCUGAAAGUCAGCAUGUCAUUCUCAUCGGAGAUCACAAACAGUUGCGACCGAAUCCAUCCGUCCACAAACUGAAGACGGAUUAUGGCUUUGAUAUUUCACUCUUUGAGAGGCUCGUGAACAAUGGGUUUCCCUUUGACUGUUUGAAGUACCAACAUCGCAUGAGGCCUGAGAUCUCCCAGCUUCUGAGGGUUAAGGAUCUGUAUCCUGAUCUGCUUGAUCAUGAAAGUGUCAAAACCUUUGAGCAUGUGUCUCGGUUAGAAAGAGAUGUUCAUUUUAUCCACCAUGAUUUCAUGGAAAGUCAGGAGGAAGACACAAAAACCUACUGCAAUGGGUAUGAAGCACGUUACUUGGCAGAACUGCUACUCUAUCUUCUUCAUCAGGGCUACUGUUCAAAGCAGAUCACCAUUCUGUCUCCCUAUGCUGGCCAAGUUCACUUGAUCAAAAAAGUAGUGGAAGAAGUAACCCCAACAAAGGCCAUGGGUUUGAGAGUCAAGGGUUUAAAGGUGAUCUCUGUGGACAACUAUCAAGGAGAAGAGAAUGAUAUUGUCCUCCUCUCCAUGGUAAGGUCAAAUCCAAAUGAUGACAUUGGUUUUCUCAAGAUGAAUAACCGAAUUUGCGUUGCUCUCUCUCGUGCGAAGGUUGGCUUGUUUGUGAUUGGAAAUUUUUUGGGUUUGAGCAAAUCGAGCACAAUGUUUCAAGAAAUAUUGGCUAUUGCAAGGCAACAAGAGCUGAUUGGGCCCCUUGUCCACUACUGUCUCCAUCAUCGCCAGCAGAAAACUACAAUCAACGGGCCGGAUGACUUCGAGAAGGUUCCAGAAGGAGGUUGCCAGCUACCGUGUAGUAUUAGACUGGACUGUGGUCACAAGUGCCCAAGAGUCUGCCACACAGAUGAUCCAGAGCACAAGCAUGUUAAGUGCACUGAACAAUGUGGCGUAUUCUGUGAGAAGUGUCAGAAAACAUGCCCUGGAGGUCACCAGUGUGGAAGACAUACGAUGUGCCAGAAUCUGGUUCAGAAGAGAAUCCCAAAUUGUGGUCAUGACCAACUGGUCCCGUGUUAUAUGGAGGUCAACCAGUUUGAAUGUAAGGGAAAAUGUAAACAGUUGCUGCCCUGUAGACAUCUGUGUGGCCGCCAGUGUGGCUCUCCUCAUCUUCAUUCAGGAAAUGCCUGCAGCAUUCUUGUGAAGGUUCGUCCAGAACAUUGUGGCCAUGAAAGCUUUGACCUGGAAUGCAGAAAAGCGCGAGGGGAGGUAACUCUUGAGUGCCCAAAGGCCUGUGGUGCAGUUCUCGAAUGUGGCCACCUCUGUUCAGGAACCUGUGGACGGUGCCAAAAUGGCCGACUGCAUGUCAACUGUGAAGAGCCGUGUCCGAAAAUUCUCAUCUGUGGACAUGCGUGCAGAGCCAAAUGUAGUGACUGCCCUCCUUGCACCUUGCCUUGUGAGAAUGCUUGUUGCCAUUCAAAGUGUCCAAAGGCGUGUGGGGCGCCAUGUGCAUCUUGUCUGGAGCCGUGUAUGUGGAGGUGUGAGCAUGCUGGUUGCCAGGAACGAUGUUGCCAGCCAUGUGAACGGCCUCCAUGUAACAUGCGGUGCAAGAAAAUUCUGCAGUGCAGACACAGGUGCUGUGGCUUGUGUGGGGAGAAAUGCCCAAGAUUGUGUGUGAUCUGUCAUAAACAGGAGCUGAUAGACACCAGUCUCCUGGGCUAUGACGGGGACCCUGACACUCUGUUUAUAGAGCUGGAUUGUGGUCAUGUGUUAGAAGUGGACUUUGUGGACCAGUGGAUGGUCACUUCAACCAGCUCAAGUGAGGAAGAAAGCGAUCAACUGGCUAUAGCAAUGAAGGCUUGCCCAUUAUGCAAGUCUGUGAUUCGGAAGUGUCCUCGUUACAAUAAGCAGAUCAAGGAAAUCUUGCGACUGAUUGAGAGAGUUAAAAGGAAGUACAUUGGAGAUAAUGAGAGACUGGAUCGACUGAAGAGACAGAGGGAUGACAUUGCAAGGACCCUGGGAGGUCAAGAUGGUUUAGCUGUUGACAAGUUCAUCGCUGACGGAGGCAAACUCUUGUCCCUGACAAUCUUGGAGGCCCAGAUCAACCAAAUUCGCCUGUUCCAGCAGCUUUGUGCUUUGACACGUAAGGCAGAUGAGGGACAGAUCAAGUGGGGAGGAGGAGAAAGUGCUGAUACAUUCAGAGCCAUCAUUUCUGAUCUGCAGAAUUUCAAAGCUUGGACUUUGCAGAAACGAUCCUUGUUCUCACCUCAGAAUAACCUUGAUGCUCGGAGGGAACAUGGGCGUCUCAGUAUUCUGUUGGAUCUAAGGAGACUUGAAUUUACAAUAGAAGAUUACGGAGUGCAUUCUCAGAUACCAGUGAGACUGAUGAUCUUGCUAGGACAAAGUCUCGGGAAGCUGAAGAGGUACGGGGCUGCUACUGACAAGGAUAUUGAUGAGAGCAGACAACUGUGCGAGAAUCUGCGGAAAAGUGUACCUGAAUCCAAUAUUGCUUUGACCAGUGCAGAAAAAUUGGAAAUUGUCAAAGCUAUGGGCCUGACAAAGGGAGCCUGGUACAAAUGUCUAAAAGGCCAUAUCUAUGCUAUUGGAGAGUGUGGCCAAGCUAUGGAAGAAUCCAGGUGUCCGGAAUGCAAAUCCACCAUUGGAGGAAGGGACCAUAGACUUAAUGCAAGCAAUGCCUGGGCCCCUGAGAUGGACAAUGCUGAAGUUCCAAUCUCACGAAACUUUGAAGCAGACCAUGCUUUAGCUCAAAUGAUGCAAAGGCAACUAAAUGAUCAGUUUGGAGAUGUCUAAACGGAGUUACCAGUGUGGCUGCCGUUCAACUGCAGACUGUCUCAAGGUUUGAAGACUUCCAUUGUAGAUCGAGACGAUCUAGUACAGCCCUACAAUGUGUUAUGGGAUACUGACUAAAGAAGUCUUGACAGAUUCCUUUGGCUUCUGGUGUAUUUGAUAGCUUGAACUUUAUGAGUACACUUGUGUGAUAAAGGAAUUUAUAAGGAAGAGAUCAUGGUAUUUGACUGUGUAAUGUUGCCAUAAUAGAUCCUCUUGUUUCAUUAAUAAUAAUUUCUAAAUGAUUCAUAUUAUAAUGCUAUUUCUUGUGUGUCAUUACUGUUUGAAAUGUAAUUUUGACAAUCGAUUUGUAUAGAUAACAAGUUAAAAAAAAGUAAACUCUGCCCCUACAGCAAAUGCUGAUGUCUAUUCAAGUUCAUACAUAGGCUAUAGGUGUUGCUCUUCAGGGUGUCAUUAUUGUGCAUGUUGACGAUUUUAUCUCACAGAUGAGCAGUAUGAUGUGCUUUGAUUAUUUAACUUUUUAAUGUACAUAUUGGAAGUGUUGUCAGAUGCAAUCUGUAUUUUUUUCUCUCAAAUAUAAUAUGAAAUGUCAUAUAUUAAAAUAAUGAUCAUUCAUAUUGAGAGUGCUGUUACAUAUAAUAUGUACAAACUACCUAGUGGACGAACAUGACCAUGAUGAUGGAAAGACAUCAAACUACCAGCUGACGGUAGUCUUUAGUGAACCCGGGAGAGCUGUCCAGUAAGCAUCAUUUAUGGAAAAUAUCUCAGAUGUGAAGAUGGCGCAAGGCUUUUCAUUGCUAAGUACCUACAAACCGAUGAAUAGAAGGGCACAGCUUGUUCACUCAACAGGUGAGGGAACCUCUCUUAGCGUGAGCUACCUUUCCCCUUAUGAGCUCUGAACACUCGCCUAAUCUUGCGGUAGUGUAAAUCUAGCUGUCAACUGAAGGGAGCUCAGGUGUUUGGGUCCUCUAGGUUUAGGAUUAGGGCUCAACAGUGUUAGAACUUCCACAAUAUGGGCAAGAAGGCAUAUGUAAGGCAGUAAGGUGAAAUCGGGCGCUCAUUAAAAUAAUCAAAGUGAAAAAACUGGGAUUUUUCCGCUGGUUUGGGAAUUUUUAUAAUUGAAUUUUUUUUUUUUUGGCUUCACACCUCUCUAAAGAACACAGGAUUUUACUGAAAAACUUUGAUUAAAGGCACAAAAAAUGUAAAUUUUCAGUUUCCACGGACUCGCAAGCUAAGGAAAUACCUAAUUUUUUCACUAAUUCAUGUUUUUCUUCUUUCUGAUCCUCAUACCUUUUUUUUGAUGCACAAUAAUUUUCCACCAAAUGCUUUGGUAAUGGUCUUAUUGUUUACUUGGAGCUUUGCAUUCUAAAAAAAUAGCUUGUGUGACAUAAUCCUGUAAAAAUCAUGUGUAAUGCUUGCUAGUCUUUUUUGUUCGAAGCUGAGAAAAAAAAUUAUUAUUACUGUCACAAAUGCUUGAAUUUUGAAUGAUGGUGCACCAUCAUAUUCAAAUGUGUUGAAACUGUACAUUCCAACUCGCUGUUUAAAGUCAUCGGCUGAC